AUGCCGGAGGCUGUUGCUAUGGAGUCCUGGAGGCCGUCACUAUACCGCACGCACGAUGUUCAGACGCCUUCGCCGGCACCAGAAGCUGUGGGCCAGUUGAUUGAGGCGGCGAGCUCGUGCAGCACGCGUCUCCAGGCCGAUCCUUACAAUGCCGGGAUCUGGACGGAGCGGGCAGACUACUACCUGCAGCUGAACUACCCCGAGCUUGCGGUCGGCGACGCGUACAGAGCAAAACUGCUCUUCGAGCGUGCAGACGCAGCCCCAGACCGCCGGGGACCCAGUAACGGGUUAGGAGAGCCGCUCGUUCCAGACGAACAAGUCCGCAUCAACGCAUACGCCGUCCUGGGCCAGGCACUCUACGACUGCCACUGCCACUGGGAGUGCUUCGAGUUCUGGCUCGAGCUCACACAAGCCAAACACCUCCCCCAACUAUCGCGCCUAGCACUCACCAAAGCCAACGCACUGAAACAGCUGCUCGCGCAGAAGAAGCAGGCCGCCGCCCCCUACAGCGGCACACCGCAGCAGCAGCGCGACAGACUACGCGAUGGAAGCGUGGUCACCGUGCACUACCCGUGGAUGGAGAGGCGCCAUCGCAGCCGGAGCCCCGAAGUGAUUGAAAACGUGAAUCACGAGUUGCAGCGCAACGUCCAGCCCCCCGCGCUGCGCGUGGGUAGCAGCACCCUCGCGCCCGUCGCAGAUAUGCUGGGUGUAUUCGCAACCCGAGCCGUGACGAAGGGCGAAUGCAUACUCAUCGACCGCACCGCGACCAGCGCCGUGAGCCAGUCCCCACCACUCCCGCACUGCGAGACAUGCUACGAUGCGCCCCUCACAGCGCCAAUCAACAUGGAUUGCUGCUCCGCGCUCUUCUGCUCCUCUCUGUGCCGCGACCUUGCGAUGGAUACUUACCACCGCGCCCUCUGCGGGCAGGACUUCUCCUGGCUCUCCAGCCCCGCAGCGUCCCUGCAGGAGAACGCAAGCCCCAUGCGUCCCCUCCUCCUCUUCCGCUUCCUCGCGCUCUGCGUCGCCGCCGGCCCGUGCAUGCACCCUCUGGACCACGGGCUCAUCGCCCGGCUCUCUCCGCUCGCCAACUGCGGGCAUCUCGACGUCUUCACGCUCGCCGAGUCAGUCGCUGCGCCGCUGCAGAUACUGGGACAGCUGGGCGUCGACGUGUUCGCCGACGCGCGCUUCGACACUAUGGUGUUACACGCCAUCUGGUGCCGUCUCGCCAACAACAAGGCGGGGAGCUGCGACCCGCAGCUGGGUUUCGUCGACGAGAUCACGCCGUUCUUGCCGCUGUUUAAUCAUAGUUGCGAGCCAAGUGUCGAGUAUAGGAAAGAGGGGGGGAGUACUACGGUGCGGUUCUUCGCGUUGAGGGACAUUGGAGAGGGCGAGGAGGUCUUCGACAGCUAUCAGGAUGUCGAGGACGCGCCGAGGAGGGAGAGGAUUGAGCGCAUGUGGCCGUGGUUCGAGCAGCCGUGCUUGUGUGGGCGGUGCAGGAGGGAGGCCGAGGGAGGUGAGUAA